UAUUCUUUGGGUAUGUUUAGAACUUUGGAUGAUUUGAAGAAAAAUGAGAAAGAUGAAAAGCAAAAGAAAACUAGUAAUUCUUAUGCUGGAGGUGAAAAGAGGUAUGGUUUUCAAUUAGAUUUUUAAGUGGACUCUCAGUAGAAAAUCCUCCAGAUUUUGAUGAAUUGAUCAAUAAAGCGUAUUAUUCUAUUAAAAGUAUAUAGAAAGCAAGGAGGGACUCGUCCUGAUGAAAGUGAGGAUCCAAAAGAGUGGUGCAAAAUUACAUUAUGGAAUAAUGGAUUUUAAAUAAAUGAUGGAGAAUUCAAAGACAUCAAUGAACCAGAAAAUAAGAAAUUCAUUGCAGAAUUAAAAUAAAAGUAAGAGAUAUUAAUAAUGAAAAAAGUUAAAUUCCAACAAUGCUACGAUCAUAAUAUGCGAAAAAAGGAUUGAGUGUUAAAUUGGAAGAUAGAACAUAAGAAAAAUAUGUUCCACCUCCUCCACCAAAAUAUGUGGAAUUUGGAGGAGCAGGUGUUAGUUUGGGUUAAUAAUAAUUUGUUUAAUAAUAACAACAAGUUAAGGUUGAUUUGAGUAAAUAAGGGCAAAUACCAAUCAACCCAAAUCAACCAACAACUAAUAUCUAGGUUAGACUAUCUACUGGAAACACAAUAACAUUAACAGUUAAUACCACUACAAGAGUGACAGCCAUUCAAUAGAAUCUUUUAAAGUAUUUUAAUAUAUUUAAGUGUCUAGAAUGAUGAACUUACCUCCUCAAAAAUAAAUUUAGUUAAUUUCAGGUUUUCCUCCAAGACCAAUUACAAAUUUGAAUUAAACUGUGGAAGAAGCUGAUUUAUGCGAUUCAUAAAUCACUUAAACUGUUGUUUGAGUAUUAAGAACAUAAAUAC